AUGGAAAUGAUGGUGGGUUAUUAUCGCCAAACAUGCCCUGAGGCCGAGGAGAUUAUCAGUGAAACUGUUGCCAAAGCUGUUAAAGCCAAUCCUGGUGGUUGCGAUGGAUCACUUCUCCUUGAUUCCUCAGACGACACAGCAGAGAAGGACCCACCCGUCAACAACCCAAGCCUGAGGGGCUACGACAUUAUUGAUGAAGCCAAAUGUGCCGGCGUCGUUUCUUGUGCUGACGUAGUGGCAUUCUCUGCAAGAGAUAGCGCUUACCAAGUAUGCUGGUGGACUAUUUUGGGCUGUUCAAGGUGGACGAAGAGACUGAAGGGUAUCUCUCGCAUCAGAGGUCACAUGGUCACUCUCUCAGGGGCCCAUUCAAUUGGGGUUUCUCACUGUAGUUCGUUCACCGGAGAUCAUCUGUAUAACUUCAGCGGCCGAGGCGGUCAAGAUCCUUCCAUGGACUCUAAAUAUGCUCUUCAGCUCAAGGCCAAAUGCCCCUCUUCAGCUUCAAACGACACCGUUGUUCAACUGGAUCGUCUCACUCCCACUAAACGGGUAAACAUUAACGCCAAGUACCCCAAGAUUUGGAGGGAAAAUUUUGGAAGGGCAAUGAUAAAGAUGGGUGCAAUUGACGUGUUGACGGGAUCGCAGGGAGAGAUAAGGAAACAGUGCCAUGUCCCCAACUAG